UGACAAAAUCUCCUACCAAAACAAAAAAAGCGAUAAAUUAUGAUUUCACUUCUGGGUAUAAAAAUGAAUGAAAGUAACAAGCGCGUUCAACUUUGAAUUGAAGCGGAAGUGGUUUCAGUUACAGACGCCUAAUUGGACCACCGACUUCACACGGCGGUGGCUGGUGAGGUCGUCGGAGAGGUUCCUGAGGCCGAGAUAGAUUCAUUCUAAUCAAUACAAAGAAAAUUUUCCGAAUCUCGCACUCUGAGAUUGAAAAUUUAAAGAGAGAUUAGGAACCAAAUCCUCUCCGUUGAGCUUUUUCGCCGCAUAUUUUCGUUUCUCACCAGCCACCGCUAGCUGCCAGAUCCGUAAAAGAUGGUAGAAAACAUUUCCAGAACAAACCUUAGCUACCGUGGCGAUACUGGUAACAUCGAGGACGCCAUAGAUGACACACCUUUACAAACUGACUCCAAAUGCUAUGACGAUGAUGGCCGUGUUAAACGAACAGGAACUGUUUGGACUACAUGCUCCCACAUAAUAACAGGUGUGAUAGGAUCUGGAGUGCUCUCCUUAGCCUGGUCCAUAGCUCAGAUGGGUUGGAUUGCUGGUCCUGCAACCAUGAUCUUUUUCAGUAUCAUCACUCUGUAUACUUCAUCAUUUCUCGCUGAUUGUUAUCGUUGUGGCGACACCGAAUUUGGAAAGAGAAACUAUACUUUCAUGGAUGCAGUUCAAAAUAUUCUUGGCGGGCCCAGUGUUAAGAUUUGUGGGAUAGUUCAGUACUUGAAUCUUUUCGGAAGCGCAAUAGGAUACAAUAUUGCGGCUGCCUUGAGCAUGAUGGAAAUCAGAAAGUCUUACUGUGUCCAUUCCUCUCAUGGAGAAGACCCGUGUCACAUUUCAGGCAACACAUACAUGAUCGCUUUUGGUGUGGCACAACUUUUCUUUUCUCAAAUUCCAGAUUUUCAUAACACGUGGUGGCUCUCAAUAGUUGCAGCGGUCAUGUCGUUCUUCUAUUCUACAAUUGCUCUCGCCCUUGGAAUUUCCAAAGUUGCAGAAACGGGUACUAUCAUGGGUAGCCUCACAGGAAUAAGCAUCGGGACAGUGACCCCGGCCCAAAAAGUAUGGGGGGUUUUCCAAGGUCUUGGAAAUAUCGCCUUUGCCUAUUCAUAUUCUUUUGUUCUCCUGGAAAUUCAGGACACCAUCAGAUCUCCACCAUCCGAAAGAAAAGCAAUGAAGAAGGCUGCAAAGCUAAGUAUUGCAGUAACCACAACAUUUUAUAUACUCUGUGGCUGCAUGGGCUAUGCUGCAUUUGGAGACGCUGCACCAGGUAACCUGCUCGCCGGAUUUGGUGUCUCGAAAGCAUAUAUUGUUGUGGAUAUGGCUAACGCUGCUAUUGUAGUUCACCUUUUCGGAGCAUACCAAGUGUAUGCCCAACCCCUCUUUGCCUUUAUCGAGAAAGAGGCAGGAAAAAAGUGGCCCAAAAUUGACAAAGAGUUCAAAGUUAAAAUUCCCGGUUUGCCAGUCUACAAUCAAAACAUAUUUAUGUUAGUUUGGCGGUCAAUUUUUGUUAUCGUCGCCACAUUGAUUGCAAUGUUGAUUCCUUUUUUCAAUGACGUUUUGGGAGUGAUUGGAGCAUUGGGAUUUUGGCCUUUAACUGUUUACUUUCCUGUGGAGAUGUAUAUCCUACAGAAGAAGAUCCCAAAAUGGAGUAGGAAAUGGAUUUGUCUGGAAAUAAUGAGUGCUUUCUGCCUCAUAGUUUCUAUCGUGGCUGGUCUUGGCUCAUUGGUUGGUGUCUGGAUUGACCUGCAAAAAUACAAACCUUUCAGCUUAGAGAAUUGAAUACACACGUCAUAAAAUCUAUUGCCUCUUUUUGUAUGUAAACGGCUGUGGGAGGUUCUCAAUGGGAUCGUGAUUUCAUAAGUGGUGAAAUUAUUCCUAGGUUGCAAUUAAGAAUAAUAAUCAGUAUUGAAUAUUAUGAUCCUUUUACUGUAUAUUUUUUAAUUAAUUUUUGUACCCAUACUAGUGGUACUAAAUCAUAAAUGAGGUGAUAAUCGAUGCUGUGAUAACUGACAAGGAUUUAUGCUUUGAUGUGAAUAUUCAAUUUUAUUUGUCAUGUA